AAGGCAGAGGGCGGCCCCCCGAGCCUGAGGUGAGCUGCGGUGGAGGUGGAGGUGGAGGUGGAGGUGAAGGAGCCGCAGCCACAGUCAGCAGCGCAGACUGUAGUGGAGGAAGGCGCGCGGCCUGGAGGAAGAGAAGGAUGGAGGAGCAGCAGCAGGACUGUGAGGCCGAGGUCGCGGAGCCCUGGUUUUCUAAGUGGGAGCGCCAGUGCCUUGCUGAGGCGGAGCAGGAAGAGCAGCUGUCCCCCGAGCUGCAGGAGGAGGCGGCUGCUGAUGCGGCUGGGCUCAAGAUCGAGCGGCAGAGGCUCUGGCACCUCUUCCAGAUCUCAGCCACUGCGGUGGCCCAGCUCUACAAAGAUUCCGGGUGCCAACAGCCAGGACUCUCUAUGUGGGACCCCUUCCAGAAUGCGGCCAUGGCCGUGACCAGCCUCUACAAAGAGAGCGGGGAUGCCUACCAGCGAAGUUUUGAGCUGGGCGUCCAGGUUGGCUACCAGCGUCGCGUUAGAGAUGUGCUGGAGUGGGUGAAGAAGGGCAGGAGCAUCAUUCGCCGGGAAGACCUCAUAAGCUUCCUCUGUGGCAAAGUAUCCCCCGCCCCUCCCCCGCCACGCACCUCCAGGACGUCCCCUAGGCCGCCCGCAGCUGCCUCCAGUCAGGCUGCUGCCACUGAGUCCAGCGCACCUGUGGACGUCGACCUGCAGCCCUUCCACGAGGCCAUCGCCCUCCAUGGCCUCAAUGGCGCUAUGGCAAGCAUCAGCAUGCGAUCUGGCGCUCCUGGCUCCCCAUCUCAAGAUGGAGGUAUUGCCAGCAGUGGACGUCGGAAAAGUAGCUUCCUUGAAGAUGAUUCGAACCCCUUGGGCUCAGAAGAACUGGCUCUCCGUCUGGAGUGUGGGGGAAUCCGCAAGCGUACCUCGGCUCAGUUUGGUGAUGCCACCACAGACUCUCCAUCCCACAAGCGCAACCGAAUGGUCUAAACUGCCUCCUUGGUUGGCCGCCAUCCACCACCUUAUUGCUUGACAGUCAACUUGACCAUCAACAUGCUUGUUGAAACCAUGCCUGAGACUGCUGAUCUUCCUUCUCUUAAGUUAAAGAUUUCUAUCAUUUACCAUAAAGAAAUUUAAAAGUAUUCCAGAAGAGGCCUCCUAUGACUCUGACUUUCAAACAAAAAUGUAAUUCUAUUACAGAACAUGAAAUAUCACAUAGUUAGCAAGAUCAUUUAAACUUUAAAGCAAAGCGUAUCCAGUGAGGGCGGGAGCCUGGUUUAUCUUAUUCAAGUUGUAUUUCUUAGCACCUAGUACAAUUGUUGGUGCUCAAUAAAUGUUUGUUGAAUGAAUAAAUGUGACCUUACUUUAAAUUCUUAAAGGGGAAAUAUAUAGAUGUUUAUUUGAUUGUGGAAUAAUUUUAUCCUUUCUUGUUUAGGUUGUUUGCUUUGAUAGUCAUUGCUAAUUCAUUUACCAAAUGUUUUUUGGGUUUGGUGUGGUUUUUUGAGACAGGGUUUCUUUGUGUAGCCUUGGCGGUCCUGGAACUCCCUCUGUAGACCAGGCUGGCCUCGAACUCACAGAGAUCUGCCUGCUUCUGCCUCCUGAGUGCUGUGAUUAAAGGUGUGUGCCACCACGGCCUGGAACAUUGUACCAAAAUGUAAGAUUAGACAUAUUUAUGAAAUCUGGAGUCAUCUGGUUUUACCCCACUCUACCAUGCACUCAAUUUCUAGAAAGAAACUGUGGAAUUAAUAUAUUUUGGGCUGUUAUUUGCUUUGAAACUUGGUUGAUUUUAGUGAUGGUGGUGUAAGUAGAUGUUGUAAUGAUUGGAUUAGUAAUAAGUGAUGGGUUAAGUCAGUGCUCACUUUAAGAAAAGGAAAACAAGUAAGACAGUGUCCUUGGUAGCCUUUUGCUUAGGAAUAUAACAAGUUUCUUUCUCUGAGAUUAUAUGUUAGUGGGUUCUGUUUUAGAGUGGCAGACCAACUAGAAGAAACUGGGUUUUCUUGAAGGGGAUACCAUGGCAUAACUAACGGAAUAUAUGCUAUGUACUGAAAGGAACAACAGUAGAACCCCAGCUCCACAAAUAACUGGAUGAUUUGGGGCAAGUCAGUUAAUAUUCAUUGGACUUAGUUUUUUCUUCUGUAAAUGUAACUAUGUAUCUGCUAGAGUCAGUUCAAAUAACACAUGAAGUCCAUAUUUCUAGUGUCAACAGCAAUGCUUAGCUCACUGAAUGUUUUCCCUCUACAAAUACAAGUCAGUCAAACGUUGAAGUUCAUAAUAUUAUAGGAAAAUAAAUCAAUCUAGGAAUUAGCAAAUAAAACCCUGGUAUUCUACUUGAGCUAAAAAUUACUUCAUGGAAUUAAAACUUCCUUAAAUGUCACAAUCUGUAUAUUACUUGUAAAUAUGUUGAGCUCAUGACUUAGGAUCAAAACUCUCAAUAAAUACUAGGGCAUCCUUA